UCGGACGAGUUGUGGGGAGAAGAAGAAGGAGAAGAAGGAGAAGGAGAAGAAGAAUGGAUUCGGUCAAGCUUGUGCUUCCUUCACGCCUUUACGCCUGUCUUGUUGUGUUUUGGGCGAUUUUGUUCCGGAGCUCGCUCGGCUCGGAGUUAACUUUUGUCACGUGCGGUUCCGUGCUCAAACUCUUGAACGUCAAACACAACGUGAGACUUCAUUCGCAUGACGUGCGCUACGGCUCAGGAAGCGGCCAGCAGUCGGUGACGGGCGUGACCAGCGUGGAGGACAGCAACAGCUACUGGAGCGUGCGCGGCACCGGCGACGCCGCCUGCCUUCGAGGGAACGCCGUCAAGUGCGGUCAAAACAUCCGUCUGACGCACGUCAACACGGGACGCAACCUGCACAGCCACUACUUCAGCUCACCGUUGUCUUCCAACCAGGAAGUGAGCGCGUUCGGCGAAGAGGGCGAGGGCGACCACCUGGACGAGUGGGUCGUGGAGUGCGGCGGGGCGGCGUGGAAGCGCGCCGAGGCCGUGCGGCUGCGCCACAAAGCCACCGAGGCGGCGCUGGCGGUGACGGGCGAGCAGUACGGGCGGCCCAUCAACGGCCAGAGGGAGGUGCACGCCAUGGCCGGCCGCGGGCAGCACAGCCUGUGGAAAGCCAUGGAGGGCGUCUUCGUCAAGCCCGCCGACGGGCCCCCCUUCGCCCGCGGGGACCACGCGCACACCGAGUUCUGAACGCCCUCGGAACACGCGAGCGAACCGACGCCCGACUUCCAUGCGCCGCGCCGCGCCGCGCCGCGCCUGACGUCGAUGCGCGCCACGGGUCAACUUCCUGCCGCGUGCUGCUCUUUGCUGCGAAAGAUUCGCAGCGUUUGGCAGCUCCAACAACAAGCGCAAUGCAUUUUGGUUCGUCACUUGGAUGACGGCGAGCGCAAGCGCACGCAGAUAUUUAUUGUCACUGCCGGGGUUCAUCUCAACUUGCAAUAAAUCCCUCAAAUU